GUCAAAUCAUGGGUUCGAAAAUACCAGAACAGGUCUUUGGCUUUCGCGAGCUUUAUCGCCCUCAAAAUGAAGAGCCCGAACUAGACAUUGUUGCCGUGCACGGUCUUAAUGGCCAUGCCAUCAACACCUGGACUGCAGAAAGUCCCAUGAAAGGAGGCGAACCAAUCUGCUGGCUUAACCACCCAGAUUUCCUCCCAAAAUUCAUCAGCCGUGCAAGGGUGCUGACUUGGGGCUACAACGCGAAUGUCUCCUCCAUGAAAGGACCAACCAGUUCAGACCGGAUCCUCCAACAUGCCCAAAGCCUGGUGCAGCAAUUGCAAGGGGAUAGAACUCUCAAAGGCGCCACCGAGAGGCCCAUAAUUUUUCUUUGUCACUCUCUUGGAGGCAUUGUUGUCAAAAGAGCCCUGGCAUAUUCAGAAAGUCGGACAGGACCGAAAAACUCGCAUCUCCACUCGAUCUUCACCUGCACCUAUGGUAUCAUAUUCUUUGGCACUCCACACCAUGGUUCAAGCAAAGCACAGCUUUUGAGCAGUUUGCAAAAGGUGACAAGGUUGACAAUCCCUAAGAGAAUUCUGCGAACCGAGUCAAAUCUGGUCAAGGCCCUUGAGGCAGAGUCGGAAACACUGCAAAACAUCACGGAUCAAUUCGUCGCCUUGAUGUCAAACUUCCACCUGAUGUUUUUGUGGGAACAGGAACGUACUCCGAUCCCCGGACUGGGUGCUUCGUACAUUGUGGAUGAAAGCAGCGCUGCCCCCGGCCUGCCCGAUGUUGAGCGCUGUGGUAUUGCGGCUGAUCACCGAGGGAUGUGCCGCUUCGUGAGUAGCAGUGACCAAGGUUUCCUAACUGUUAUCGACGCUUUGCAGCGAUACAGCCGGGCGGCUCCGGAGGAGAUCAAGACCAGAUGCGCACGAGAACUGUGGUUCUUGAAGGCAAAGCAUAAUGGGGAGGCGAUGGAACUGGUGAGAGCUUUGGGCGGGCCACCGAUGGGAACGAAUGCUCUUCUGCCAUUUCCUGUCAAACAGAAUGCUUCGGAGGGGCCGGCAUUUCAAUUAGGUAGAGCAAUGUUUUGA